UCCGCGUGGUGUAACGCCCGCGGUCGCGGGAAGGCGGGGGCUGAGCGCCAGGCCCGCGCCGCAGGAGCCGGGCAUGGAAUACCAGGAUGCUGUGCACACACUCAACACCCUGCAGACCAAUGCCAGCUACCUGGAACAGGUGAAGUGCCAGCGAGGUGACCCCCAGACACAGCUGGAAGCUAUGAAGCAGUACUUGGCACUGAGUGGGCUGCAGGUGGAGGACUUGGACCAGCUAAACAUCAUCCAUAUCACUGGGACGAAGGGGAAGGGCUCCACCUGUGCCUUCACUGAACGUAUCCUCCGAAGCUACGGUCUGAAGACAGGAUUCUUUAGCUCUCCCCACCUGGUACAGGUGCGCGAACGGAUCCGUAUCAAUGGGCAGCCCAUCAGCCCCGAGCUCUUCACCAAGCACUUCUGGCACCUCUAUCAUCGGCUUUCGGAGACCAAGGACAGCCGCAGCUGUGUCUCCAUGCCCCCUUACUUCCGCUUCCUCACGCUCAUGGCCUUCAACAUCUUCCUCCAAGAGAAGGUGGACCUGGCAGUGGUGGAAGUGGGUAUCGGUGGGGCUUACGACUGCACCAACAUCGUUAGGAAGCCUGUGGUAUGUGGGGUCUCCUCUCUUGGCAUUGACCACACCAGCCUUCUGGGGGACACGAUAGAGAAGAUCGCAUGGCAAAAAGGGGGCAUCUUCAAGCGUGGCGUGCCUGCCUUCACCGUGCUGCAGCCCUGUGGUCCACUGGCGGUACUGAAGGAGCGUGCUGAGCAGAUCUCAUGUCCCCUCUACCUGUGCCCACCGCUGGAAGCCCUGGAGGAAGGGGGGCCACCGCUGACCCUGGGCCUGGAUGGAGAGCACCAGCGGUCCAAUGCUGCCUUGGCCUUGCAGCUGGCCCGCUGCUGGCUGCAGCAAAAGAAUCACCAAGGCAUCGAGGAGCUGAAACCGCCCAGGCCCAGCCUUCUGUGUCAGCUGCCUCUAGCCCCCGUGUUCCAGCCCACAUCCCACAUGCGGCACGGGCUUCAGGACACGGUGUGGCUGGGCCGGACGCAGGUACUGAGCCGCGGGCCCCUCACCUGGUACCUGGACGGCGCACACACCUCCGGCAGCAUGCAGGCCUGCGUGCGCUGGUUCCGCCAGGCCCUGCACCGCCGCAAGGGGCCGGGCAGCGGGCCUGAGGUGCGCGUCCUGCUCUUCAACUCUACGGGUGACCGGGACCCCAUGGCCCUGCUGAAGCUAUUGCAGCCCUGCCAGUUUGACUAUGCUGUUUUCUGCCCUAACCUGACAGAGUUGUCGUCCGUGGGCAACCCAGAUCAGCAGAACUUCACGGUGACACUGGACCAGGUGUUGCGCCGCUGCUUGGAACACCAGCAGCACUGGAGCCGCCUAGAUGAGGAGCAGGCCAGCCCCGACCUCUGGAGCACCCCUAGCCCGGAGCCUGGUGGGCCCGCAUCCCUGCUGCUAGCACCCUGCUCGCCCCGCACCCACAGCACCAGCUCCCUUGCCUUCAGCUGCAUCUCCCACGCUUUACAGUGGAUCAGCCAGGGUCGGGACACUGUCUUGCAGACACCCAGCACCCCACAGGACCUUCUCACCCACCCUGUGGCAGAGAGUGGAGCCAGCGUACUCCGUGAGGCUGCUGCCAUCCACGUACUGGUCACUGGAAGCCUGCACCUGGUGGGUGGUGUCCUGAAGCUGCUGGAGCCCUCCCUGUCCCAGUAGCCAAGGCAGUAGGCUUGGAGGUGGGGCCUCCCACACCUGCCCUGCCGCUCUCCAUGAACUCCUAUAUUAGGUGCCUUUUGUUUUCUGCUUUCCUGAUUCUGUUUGGACUGGCCCAGGGGCCUGAGCUCUGGGCAGUGAAAUAGGUGGCUGAUGGGUGGGAGGCUAAGAUGAGACAUUCUGUCUCUGAGCCUGUGGUGCCCUUGGCCUCUCCUUCCUCCCUGCUGAGACAGCCUGGGGUUUCCCAGUUCUCCUAUUGUGAUGGUAGGCUGGCCAUCCAGCCUGCUUGUGGUCAACAAACCACCCAGACUGUUUCCUGGCCACACCUAGGGUCCUGCCAGGUGCAGGCCGAUAGAUUUCCUCCUCUCAGUGGCCUCCUGGAAAAGGAUAGGGUCCCUGCCUGGGACCCCCUGGGGACCGAGGGUGGCUGGAUUAAAGUCUACCUUUAAAAAAAAAAAA